UUCUGUUCUUUUCUGUUGAGCCCUUUUUCGUUUUUCCUUUUGGUUUUUUGCAGGCUUGGCUCUAGUCGAACUGUCGAAGUCCCUAUUGGCUAAUGAUUGUUUGAUUUAACCAUGAAUUUGUUAUGAAGAACAGCUGCUCAGCUGAAGGCAUUUCUUGUUCUUUAUCAGUUUUUUUUUCCACCUCAUUUGUUUUGGGCGGGCACGUGCUUUUCAAGAAUUUUUUGAACGAGAUACUAAUAAAUCAAUUGUUGGUUUUUCUCCUGAUCUGAAGGCAGCUAAGUUGUAUUUGUGAGCUCUGUGAUUCCAACCUUCGAGCAACGUUCUCAAAAAAUGGCCAAGGACUAUAGUGGUGGGUCCCCCAAGCCUCACCAGCUCAACACGAAGCGAAAUCGCCUAACGUACAUCCUCAUCGUGAGCGGCCUUUGUGUCCUCUUCUACGUGCUCGGCUCCUGGCAAGGCCGCUCCCCAAUCCCAACCACCCAAACCGACUUCUCCUCCAAAGUCAACUGCGAAAACGAGAGGGGCAAAACCGACAUUUCACAACCAUCUCCCGACCAGCUGGACUUCGAGAGCCACCACCAGCUGGCGGUCAACAGCUCCGAGUCAACCGAGCUCUUCCCGCCAUGCGAACUUAAGUACACCGAGUACACGCCAUGCGAAGACCAGCAGAGAGGCCGGAAGUUUGACCGGAAUAUGCUCAAGUACAGGGAAAGGCACUGCCCCACAAAAGACGAGCUGCUGAGGUGUCUUGUCCCAGCCCCACCGAACUACAAGAGCCCCUUUAAGUGGCCGCAAAGCAGAGACUAUGCGUGGUAUUCAAACAUACCUCACAAGGAGCUAAGUAUAGAAAAAGCCGUUCAGAACUGGAUUCAAGUCGAGGGGGAUCGGUUCAGAUUCCCGGGAGGUGGCACGAUGUUCCCACGUGGAGCGGACGCGUACAUUGACGAUAUUAGUGCUCUUAUUCCGCUUUCGGAUGGGAGUAUACGAACCGCGGUCGAUACUGGUUGUGGGGUUGCUAGUUGGGGUGCUUACCUACUGAAGAGGGAUAUAAUAGCAAUGUCAUUUGCACCGAGAGAUACGCACGAGGCGCAGGUUUGGUUUGCGCUCGAAAGAGGUGUCCCUGCAAUGAUUGGCAUUAUGGGUUCGCGUAGGCUUCCGUAUCCUGCUCGAGCCUUCGACAUGGCACAUUGCUCUCGAUGCCUCAUCCCUUGGUUCGACCAUGGUGGAUUGUAUCUUGCUGAAGUGGACAGGAUCUUGAGGCCUGGCGGGUACUGGAUACUCUCAGGCCCUCCAAUCCGCUGGGCGAAAUACUGGCAAGGUUGGGAGAGAACUAAAGAAGACUUGAAGCAGGAGCAAGAUUCUAUUGAAGACGUUGCUAAACGCCUCUGCUGGAAAAAAGUUGUGGAGAAAGGAGAUCUUGCCAUCUGGCAGAAACCCAUUAAUCACGUCGAGUGUCUCGACACCAAGAGUUCGUAUCCCGAGCCGCCCAUCUGCAAAUCAGACAAUGCCGAUGCAGCUUGGUACAAGGACCUGGAAAACUGCAUCACCCCACUGCCAGAAGUGAGUCGGGCCAGUGAGGUGGCAGGAGGCCCGCUCAACAAAUGGCCCGAACGAGCUUUUUCGGUCCCACCAAGAAUCAGCAAUGGCUUAGUCCCUGGAGUCACGGCCAAGCAAUUCCGUGAGGACAACGAGCUGUGGAAAGAGCGCGUCUCUUAUUACAAGAACCUCGUCAGCCAGCUGCCACGCGGGAUGUACCGCAACAUAAUGGACAUGAACUCCAACCUCGGAGGAUUUGCGGCGGCUGUCAUGAAGUACCCUGUCUGGGUCAUGAACGUGGUGCCAGCUGGCACGCCUCAAGAGACUUUGGGAGUCAUAUACGAGCGCGGUUUUAUAGGGACGUAUAUGGACUUGUGUGAGGCCUUCUCGACUUAUCCUCGAACAUACGACCUGAUCCAUGCUGGCGGGGUUUUCAGUCUGUACCAGGACAGGUGUGACAUCACGUACAUUCUGCUCGAGAUGGAUAGAAUCCUGCGGCCGGAGGGGACGGUGAUUUUCCGGGACGAGGUGGAAGUUUUGGUGAAGGUGAAGAGCAUUACAGAUGGAAUGAGAUGGGAGAGCAAGAUAGUUGAUCAUGAAAGUGGGCCAUUUAAUACAGAGAAAAUUCUUGUUGCCACAAAGACUUACUGGACUUCUGAAUCCAACCAGGGGCAGAAGUGACAUUUUUGACAUUUUUUUUUUCCUCUUCCUUUUUGGAGCUGCAUUUUAGUUAUAUGUGUUGGUCUUUUUGUUUCAUAAUUGCAGGAGAAGGGUUUCUGGCAAUUUGAUUAUUUUGUAGAAUGAUACAUGCAUUUCAAUUUUGUUUUGGUAAUAGCUCUGUGUUAUAUGUAUAGUACACUUUUUGUGUGCAAAUAACCAAGUGAUAUGUUAUUUCCUCUCUUUUCACAGGCAUUUUACAGUUCAUGCUCAUAUGUUAGUAUGUAUUAUAUGUAUGUUCACAGUGUGUGAGUCAGCCUAAUUGUUAGGCGAGUCGACCCAUCAUACUAUAUGAAUAAAAA